UUCCCUGUCAAAUUAUGGGUGAUCAAACCAGACGAAGACUGACGGAUAUGAAAAGCAAAACCUUCUAGCAUCUGCUAUGAAAUAAAUAUAAUCACUAUUAUUCUACCAUAUGAGCUAUUAAAGAUGUCCCAGUAUGAUACAGAAAAGUUUUGUCAGCCACCUGACCCAGAUUUAAUAUGUUGUAUAUGUCAAUGUGUCCUUCAGUCUCCCGUGGAGAGCCCCUGUCGUCAUGUCUUUUGUAAUGUAUGUAUCACAACCUGGCUGAACAAUCACCGUAACUGCCCAACCUGCCGUAGGAGAGUCAAGAAAAGACAACUCAAACCAGUCCUUCCAAUAGUUCAAAACAUGAUAAAUCGUUUGUUAAUGUUCUGUGAUUUUAAAGAUAAUGGUUGUGCAGAAACAGUAAUGUUAGAAAUUUAUAUUAACCAUGUUGAGGGUUGUGGAUACAGGAAACUAAAGUGUAGAUUUAAUCGUUGUGAUAAAAUGAUACUAAAAAAAGACAAAGACCAACACGAGAACCAAGUCUGUGAAUUCAGGGAGAAGUUAUGUAUUGGUCGUUGUGGACUGAUGAUUCCUGUAUGUGUGUAUGACACACAUGACUGCUAUGAAGAAUUACAAAAGUUCAAUCGAGAGAAGAGUGAAUUAGUAGACAAACUACAGGAAAAAGUUAAGGAACUAAAUGCUUUGACACAAAAAUUACAGAAAGAGGUUGAUAGAUUAAAGCAACAGUUGGCUCGUAACCGAUGGAAUCUUCCAGAUGCUUGGGGAUCUAGUUGGGAUCCCUCUGAUAGUGAAUAUAAUGAUUCUAUGUAUAAUUACUUAUCAGGAAGUUCUUACAGUGAUGAUCAAGAUAGUCAUUUCUCCCAGCCUGAUUUAGUACUGACAGCAACUAGUCAUCCUACUGCUACAAAUACUACUACAACAACAUCAUCAAGUGCAGACAAUGGAGGAUUCAGAGAAUACGUUAUUUAUCCUAGUCGUAGACCAGCAACACCUGUCAUUCAAGCUCCAUGGCCCCGUUAUGAAACAAGAUCAUCAAGGUAUGUGUAUGAUAUUCGCUCACCAAGCCCUAUCCAUAAUGCUACAGAUGCUAAUUCAGGAACUACAGAUCAAGCAUUAGAUUUGAGCCACCAUACACACCAAGAAAAUUUACCAAUGGGAGAGGGAAUAUUCCAUCGCUUAUCUGCUGGAAUAUCAGACACUGCUCUCAGUUCCAUUAGAAACAUUAACUUGGAAUACAUUCCAACUCCGAUCAACAAUAACCAGUGUAACACAGGAAGAAGCACUGCCACUGAGAGUAAUACAAACCUAAAUGUUAAUGGGGACGAUCAUGACAGCCAAAAUGAAAUCCACAAUAACGAUGAAUUAAGUCACCAUAGUGAUCACACUGUAUACAGUCUCUCUGACACUGAUUCAGAUCAUACACCAACUCGCUGGUGGAGAUCAAGUCGAUCAAGCAUGUCACAUCAUUCAGAACAUCAGUCAGAUAUACAGAGGUCUAGCAGGUCCCGUUCACAGUCAUAUGACUCAAAUAGAUCUAGAUCACAUGUCUCUCGAAGAAGUAGAUCAUUGUCAUAUGACUCAGACAGAAGCCAGUUUUGGUCACACUAUCCUUCACACAAUAGAUCACGGUCUGUUCUGUCAGACAGAAGUGGAUCAUAUGACUUUUACAGAAGAUCAAGGUUGUACAAUUUUUCAAGAAGUAGGUCUGGAUCAUUUGAUUCAUAUAGAAGUAGAUCAAGAUCAUAUGAGUAUACAAGGAGACAACAUUUAAGAAGGAGCAGGGCAUCUUCAAGAUCUUCACAGUCAGAUGUACAUUACAGAACUUGGUCAAGAUCCUACUCAAGAAGUAGGUCAAGGUCAAGAGACAGACUAUCAAGAAGUAGGUCAAGGUCUAUAGAAAGAUUUUCAAGAAGUAGAUCAAGGUCAAUAGACAGACUAUCAAGAAGUAGAUCAAGGUCAAUAGAGAGACUAUCAAGAAGUAGGUCAAGGUCAUUAGAUCAUGUUAUGAGUAGAUCACAUUCAGAAGAAUCACUCUCUAGUAGUUCUACAUUGCGUUCAUAUAUGAGUAGAUCAGGUUCCAGAAGCAGCAGAUCUUGUACACCAGAUUCUUACAGGAGUGAAACACCAGUAGAUGAGAUACAUGAUAGAUACAGACCAGAAUCCAGUCCAGCACAUGAAAAUGGCCAUGAAAAUUUAAACCAAUUAAAUGAAAAUGAAAAAGCUGGAAAUUCUAGACAUUUGAAUAUUACAACAGAUAUUGAUAGUACAGAGACAGAUAGUGAUGCAGGGUACAAUUUCAAGAGAAGAAGGUCGAAAAACAGUAACUAUAGUGAUAGUGGAAUAGGAACUGAAUCAUCUAAUACAGAUUUAUCUAAAAACCAAAAUUCUGAUACUAGAGACAGUAAUGUAAAUAAUGGUGCAAGUUCUGAUGAUAGGAAGCGUAAAACUAGUGUUAUUGACUGUGAUAUUAAUACAAAGAGGAUGCGUAACCAGGAUGAUAACAAUGGAGAACAAUCGGAUUCAGAUACAUCAUGGGUGCCAUCAGCCAAUGAUAGACAGACCGAUGACACUAUAUCAGAUGAAGCCAGCAGUGGAAGCAGCUAUGAAGUAGAAGUUCCUAAAACUGUAUUAGAAUUAAUUGAUGAAGUUGAUUCUGAAGGAACGGAUGACACUUGGUCUCCUAAUUAGAAUAACUGUUUGUACGAGUUCAGUUUUUGUUAUACUGAUGGUUAAAUGUACAUUUUUGCCUAAUAGAAAGGAGUAGGGCAUUAACACUUAUUUGGGCUAUAAAUUGGAAUUUUUUUUUAAUAUUUUUGAGAAAUUAAUGUCAAAAUUGCACUUUUUUUGUGUUAUGAUUUCAUAAUUACAUCAUAAUAUGAUGUCAUUUCACCAGAAUGGAGAAAUUGCAAAUUUAUGCAGUUGUCUAUCCAUAUUUCUUUUUAUGAAAACAUCCUGCUGAGCCAAGAGACAUAAAGAUUGAAGAAGCUUUCUUAUACAUGUUAUAGCUAUUUUCAUAAUCCCAAAAAAUAUAAAGAUUUUUUUGGUUAUGCCCAUACUUAUGCAAUCAAAGAUAAACCAAUUUAGUUAAAUUUUGUUUUUAAUUUUGAAAACCUUUUAUCUAGUGGUGUUAGGGUAAAUUUAAGAUCAAGUUUGGUAACAUUUUAAACAUCACAUUGCCCAUACUCCUUUCUUCAUUUUGAUAGAAGCAUUAUUAAUUUUGAUGGUGGUCUAAUUUUAUUAUGGUAGACAGAUUCUAAUUGUAUAUAUGCAUGAUAGAUUUCCAGUAAUUAUCAUCAAAUAUCUAAAGGGUGAUCAGUAUAUAAAUUCAAUAGAGCCAAAAUUGUCUAGUGGCAAAUUCCAGUGCUAAUUAUGGUUUUGAUUUUAUAACUUAAAUUAUUGAAAAUAUUUUCAAUGCCCAUAUAUUUUUUAGAUUUUUCAAUAUUCAAAUCCUCAUAAACUUUUUCUUUUGAGGAAAUGGGUUCAUAACUUCAUACCUCUUUUACUAAAAAAAAGAAAGAUCAGAGAUUUUUUCCUUGUCAGUUAUCACUGUUUCUGUUGUUAAAUUGUACCCACUUCAACUUGUUUGAAGAGUUACAUGACAAGAUCAUUGUACAUUGUAUAGUGUAUUUCUGAUUAUCUAAUGUAAUUCUAUUGUUGGGUAGAAAAAGGUUAUGAUACAUUUGCUGUAAAAAAAAGCCUAUAUAAGUACUAUAUAUAUAUAAAAGUUAGUAAAAGAUGCAAUGACAGAUUGUGUGACAAUUAAGUGCAGUAUCGUGAGUUUAUGGUACACAGUGAGUACUAAGUUGUUCUUAUUCCAGUAUAUUUUUUUUUAGAUUAUAUGAUUUAAAACCAUAGUUUGUUCAUAAAGCAAAAUCUAUUCAUUUGAAAAAAAAUACUGCAUGAAUGGUUUGCUCUUCUUUUAAUUGUCCAAGAAGUGAAAAGAAAUGUGUUGGUAUAUCACAAAAUACCAAUUAUCUGUUUUAUAAUUUAAAUACCCCCCUUCCCCUCCCCCCUUUUUGAACUAACCAUAUUUUUCACAUUAAGCUUUUUACUUUUGGAAAAAUGAUAAAAUAGGAUAUUAAAGCUUUUUUUUAUGAAUUUAAGGAUUUCAAGGUAUGGUCAUUAAAGCAUGUUUUCAACUUAUAAAACUUUUAAUUUAAAAUGCACUGUCACACUAUAUAUUGUAAAAUUGUAAGAUAUUAAAAAUUCAUUUUGAAUUUCCACACUUUAUAAAAUUUAUUCCAGAAAUAAGUUGUGCACAAUGCAAUUUAAAUGAUAAGUUUUUUUUAUUAAAACUGUUGAAUUACAAGUUGGCCAGAAAAGUCAAGGUCUCAUUUGAGAAUACACGUACCAGAGUUAAGUGAAAAACGUACCACUGUUCACAUGUUAUAUAACAGGUUAAAGACCUAAAAGUAGUGUUUGUAGUUUAUCUUGUAUUAUGAAUAUUGUUUCUGCAAGGUAUGAAAUAAUUUAUAUUGGAUUUUCAACAUAAGGUUUUGUUGGUUACAAUCUGGUUAUUAGAAACUAUGUAUUAUAAUAAUUUUCAGCUUAUAGAAGAAUGAUGUUGAGGUCACUGGGCCAAAAGUUAUUUAAAUUUAUGAAGAUUUUAUUGUCAGCCCCCUUAAUCAAAAUCCUUUCAAGAAGCCAUUUUUUCUUAAAAAUAUUUAUGAAACUGACUGUUACAAAGCCACUACCAAGAUAACUUGUUAUCUAAUCUUCCCCUUAAUACAACACAGUUUAAUUUUAAGUUCAACAGGCAAAUAUUAAGGAAUCUGUCCCCAUAAAUAUGAUAAAAGAGUCUGAUUGAUUGUUAGGCCCUAAUUUGAUUUUCUGUCCAUAAAUGAAAGACACUGUGCAUCAUUUUAUUCUGUCUUUUAUAUAUCAUGACCAUUACUCAAUGGAUGAAUUAGUUUGCAUGAUUAUGUGGGACAUACUAAAUUCCAGUCAUCAUUUUAUUUUAUGAUCGUAUUUUUUUUUCAUAUGUAGAAAAACCAUUCUUCAGCCAACCAUAAACAGAUUGCAAACACAAAUAGUGGUAUAUUAUCACAGCCAAAAAUAUGAAUAACAAAAAAUUUACUUAGUAUAAAUAGUUGAAGUUUGCCAAAACCAAGAAAAGUUAUGUUAAUUUUAUCAAAGAAAGUUGUAAUUAAUAAAAAAAAAAAGAAAUAGUUUCUUUUAAAUUUUAGUCAAAAAUAGAUGAUUUGAAAGAAUUUCAAAUACUUUUUCAAUUGCAAUCAUUUGAAUAAUUUGAAUAAUUUGAAUAAUUACAGAGUUCAUUAUUGUAAUAUAUUAUUGUUAUUAUUAUUCAUUGAAACAUUAAAAUCAUCUUGGUUA